AUGAGUUCAUCGAUUUCCUUCCCGGUUUCUAUCAUUCUUCUUCUUCUCCAUUUGGCCAUUUCAGCCUCUGCAGCCUAUCCUGGCAACAGUUACAAGCAUGAAGAAGUAACCUUAGAAGUUGAAGAUGAUUUGCCCACAUUGCCGGAUAUUCAAUGGCGGUCGAACGAUUACUUAUCGCGAUAUUAUUAUCGCAACACGUGUCCAGACGUCGAGAAAAUUAUAUAUGGAAAGGUUAAAGAAUGGUAUGAUAAGGAUAAGUCCAUUGCUGCUAGUCUCCUCAGGUUGCACUUCCAUGACUGAGCUGUUAGGGGUUGUGAUGCCUCAAUUCUUUUGAACCAUGAGAGAAGUGAAAGGAUGGCAAAUGUGAGCAAACCAUUGAGAGGAUUUGAAGUUAUUGAUGAUAUUAAGAAGGAGAUUGAGAAGAAGUGCCCAAGAACUGUGUCUUGUGCCGACAUUCUGACGGCAGCCGCGAGGGACGCCACCGGAAUGGUUGAUGGUGGUAGAUACUGGACGGUUGAGUAUGGAAGAAAAGAUGGUUUCUAUUCUUAUGACACAGAAGCUGAUGAGUUGGUACCAAAGGGUCAUGAAAGCAUCACUUCACUUCUUGAGCUUUUCCAAUCCAUGGGAUUAGAUGUCUCCGAUUUAGUCAUCCUCUCAGGAGCACAUACGAUUGGAAGAUCAUCCUGUGGAGCAAUUCAGGACAGGAUCUACAAUUUCAAUGCAUAUGGAAAACCAGAUGAACCCAUUGACAAAAAAUACUUGAACUAUUUGCAAAGAAAAUGCAGAUGGGCUUCAGAAUAUGUUGAUUUAGAUGCAACAACUCCCAACACUUUUGAUACCAAUUACUACCAAAAUCUUGAGAAAAAAAUGGGAUUAUUAUCCACAGAUCAACUUCUAUAUUCUGACUCUAGAACCAAAUGUAUUGCCACUGCAUUGGCUGAUAUGAAAUCUCAUACCUACACUCAAUUAUUUGGAGCUGCAAUGACAAAGCUUGGGAAAGUUAACGUUCUAACCAGUAACGAUGAAGGCGAAAUUCGAAGAGAAUGCAGUGUUGUUAAUUCUCACAAGUACUAG